GGGAAACUGGACUUGAAAAAUGCAAUCCCGAGUCAGCGAAGCUACAUUAGAGAAAUCGAUUCAUUUAGGGAGCUUGUUAAAGAUUAGAAUAGCUCAAAGGAAAGUGCGAUUAUAAUGACGAUAAGACGGUGUCGGAACUGGAAUAACUUCAAAUGACCACAACCUCAAAAAAACCACUCGGUUGGAAAAAUUGCCGAUAGGUGUCUUGCCCAAGAACACAAAAGCUCACAAUGGUAGCAGCACUCAGAUUCAAACCGGCAUUCUCUUGGCUAGAGAAAACAAACAUGCCAGCAUCUGGUAUUGAAUUGACUGAGGAAGCCAAACAAGUUUGCAAAAAAGUUUUCAAAGAGCAAAUAAAGGGAUGUCGCCUCAUGAUAAAAGACGAGAAGUGUAUUAUCGUUGAAGAGGGGUCUAUUAUCAACAAUGACCAGACUUUCGAGAAUAUUCUAGAAGGUUUUAAAAGGGAAAAUUUCAGGUAUGCUGUUGUGAACAUUGGGUUUACAAAAGCCGAUUCGGUACGGGCUUCAAAAAUGCUGGUACUCAAAUGGGCGCCUGAUGACGGGCCAAGAGGAGGGCGGACGGUCACUGCUCUGUCUUGGCGCGGAUUGAUCAAAUCACUUGAUGCAUGCAUCCCGGUUUCAAUGUCUGAUUCGGCGGACAAAUGCGUUGACACGGUGAUACAAAAACUGUACAGUAACGAAAAAGUGGAAAUUGUUGAAUUUGAGGGGAGGAAAUUGGUCAAAGAGGAUGGUGUUUACGAAUAUAAACGUUAAAUUUAUUUAGAACGUUUAACUUUUAACAUAGUACUGUGGGGUAAAUGUUAUAUCGUUACCAUCAAGUUUUAUAUUUCCUGAUCGGGUUUUGAACGAUUAACAAAGCUUUCUUAGGUCGUAAUAACACGGCCGAUUAUAUAAUUCUGUAAAUAAUUUUUCUACCAAAUGGAACGAGACAAAAAUUGAAAAUGUCCCAUCCUACCCCACCAAUAUUAACAUUAUGCGUGUACUGUAUAUGCUACAUAUGCAUUCAUUUACCCUUUCCUUAUAAAAUCGUCUUCUGUAUGGGCUUAAAAUCGGCUGCUAUGUUAAACAUAUUAAUUAGCUUAUGUAAAAUUCUUGGCUAUUGGAAUAAAACUUUUACAAGUCAAAA